CACAAAUUAACAAUUCAUUACAGGGCUGGGAGGAGGAAGGAAAAGCGGAACUCGUAAUGAAAAAUGAAGACUUGCCAUGAAUGUUUCAGGGUAAUAAAGUCAGGAAUUGUUCAGCUGACUGUAACCUAUAGUCUUGUCAACAGCAGCGCUCUCCUGGAACCAUUACGUGGGCUCAGUAGUUUUAUUGUAAUCUCACACAAUCCAGCCAUGAUGAGUGGAGUUCGCCUCUCUCGGGGUGCCCUGCAGGCACCGCCGCUCCGCGUGCGUUCACACGCGGAGCGCGUUUAAUGGAGUCUUCCCGCGCGCCCUCACUCUCGCGCUGAACGUGAGAUGAUAGAAGCUGUAAAUCACCUUUUUUUGAAUAAAGAAGAAGAAGAAGAAGAAGAAGAAGAAGGGGGGAUGACACCUGCAUGUGAUGGUGAUGGAUUCUCAGGAAGAAGAGGCAGCACCUGCAGAUCAGUCACAACUCGGGAUAAUUAACAGACUUAAAGCGACGCAGACCCUCAACUUAGACGGAGACGAUCCCUCCUCCUCCUCCUUCUCUCCUCCUCCUCCUCCUUCUCUCCUCCUCCUCCUCUCCUCCUCCUCGCCCUCUCCCUCCGUCUCACCUCCCUCCUCCGCCCCCACCCCACUGUCCUCCUCAUAAAUCUAUUGGUUGUGGUCUCGGCUCCACUAUCCAAUGCUUUGCUGAUCAGACUGCAGUUGUAUUUGGGGGGGAAGUUGGCAGCUGGCGGCUCACAGCGAAAGGCUCUCCUCUCUCCUCUCUCCACCUCUUCUCCUCUCUCCACCUCUUCUCCUCUCCUCUCUCCAGCGCUUGGAUAGUGGAAUUAUGAGCAGAGCUGACCCAGCUUUCAUCACCCUGUCUUGAAUCUGCUUCUUUUUUCCCCCCCAUUCUUCUUCUUCUUUUUUUUUAUAUUCCCUGAGAAAAUUUAAAAAAAAAAAAAAAAAACUGCAAACACGACCAUGGAGAUUGGAGUCCGCAUCCUCUUGGCUUUCCUCGUCCCUCAGGUUGCCCGUGUGGGUUGCCAAGAGGAUGGAGGCCAUGAGGGCUGUGUACCUGGCUUCCAGGUCAAACACUACCAGGUGGCAUACAGUGGACCUUUCCAGAAAGGCCAGGCGCUUAUACAAGUCGAGUUUGAUGACUGCGCGGGCAACGAGGACAUAACAUUUGAGGUGUCGGACCCCAGCUUCUAUGUGGAUGGAGAUUUGAAUCUGGUUCCCCAGCGAGAUGUCCUGUACAGCAGUCCUCUCCUGUUCAUCCAUGGGCUCGGUGCACAUGCAGAUGACAUGGCACAGGUAGAAGUCACUGGACUGCCGGGUCAGCUGGGGCACAGUCUCAGAAGUAUCCUGGGUCUUGGCCAGAUGCUGCCACAUAGAUCUAAGAGGUCCCUGCUGGUUCCUCCUGUGAUUGUAACUGAGAACCAGAGAGCUCCUUUCCCCAGGAUCAUUGGCAAGUCUCAUCUGAUUUCAAGAGAUGAGAAGUUGGGGAACCAUAUCUUCCGACUGACAGGCCCAGGUGCUGACCAGGAUCCCAAAGGUCUCUUCACCAUUGACAUAGACACAGGAGAUGUGUCAGUCACACGCUCACUGGACCGGGAGGCCAUUGACUCAUACCAGCUGGAAGUUUCAACCACAGACUUCUCUGGAAACAUAAUCGAGGGACCAGCCAUACUAGUGAUCACUGUCAUUGACCAAAAUGACAACCGGCCCAUCUUCAAAGAGAGACGUUACACAGGAGAGGUGCUCGAAGGGUCCCCUACAGGAACCACAGUGAUGACGAUGAUGGCGUUUGACGCGGACGACCCCGCCACAGACAACGCUGCACUGCGCUACAACAUUGUCAGGCAGUCACCUGACAAUCCCUCAUCAAACAUGUUCUACAUUGAUGCAGAAAGAGGCGACAUCGUCACCGCCAUCUCACCUGUGUUACUUGACAGAGAGACGCUGCCAACCACGACAUAUGAGUUAGAGAUCGUGGCCAAGGACAUGGCAGGAAGUGAGGUGGGCCUAACAGGAACAGCCACGGCUACCAUCACCAUCACAGACAAGAACGACCAUGCCCCUGAGUUCACACAUCCACUGUUUGAGGCGUAUGUAUAUGAGGGCUCAACGGGUGUUGUGGUCAACCUGACCGUGAUCGACAGAGAUGACCCAACCACAGGAGCGGGGAGAGCUCUCUAUUCUAUAAUUAACGGAGAUCCUGCACAGAGCUUUGAGAUUCAAACCAACCCAGACAAUAACGAAGGAAUGCUCUCUGUCAUCAAGCCUCUGGACUACGAGGCCACGGCGUUUCACACACUACUCAUCAAGGUAGAAAACGAGGAUCCUCUGGUUUCUGACGUUGGCUACGGCCCGAGCUCCACAGCCACUGUCCAUGUCACGGUCCUGGACAUCAACGAGGGCCCCGUCUUCUUUCCCGACCCCCUGACAGUCACCAGGAUGGAAAACAUUCCAGUGGGAAGCUUUGUGGCCUCACUCAAUGCUACAGAUCCAGAUAUAUUACAGAUGCAGAGCGUCAGGUAUGCUGUUCUGCGAGACCCAGCAGGCUGGCUGAGUGUGAACCCAGUCAGAGGGACUGUCAACACUUCAGCCCCGCUGGACCGCGAGUCUCCGUAUGUCCAUGACAAUAAAUACACAGCUGUCUUCAUCGCCACAGAUAACGGCAGCCCACCAGCUACAGGGACUGGCACAUUGGUAAUUUAUCUGGAAGACUACAAUGACAACGCCCCCUAUGUGGUGCCAUCGGUAGCAAGAGUGUGUGAAGACGCCCAUGACAUGAAUGUGGCCAUAGUCGGGGGGCGGGACAAGGACCUCACACCCAACGCAGCACCGUUUAAGAUAGAACUGGGAACACAGCCAGGCCUAGACAAAACAUGGAAGAUUACCAGGGUGAACUCCACGCACUCCCAAAUCAUGCUUUUGCACAGUCUGAAGAAAGCCAACUACCAGCUCCCGUUGCUCAUCACUGACUCAGGGGUGCCCCCUUUGUCCAACAGCACAGAGGUCAAAGUUCAGGUGUGCGUCUGUAAGAAGAACAAGAUGCACUGCAGCUCUGCCCACUCCCACCGUGCCAGCCUUCUAGUGCUGCUCGCGACACUCCUGCUCGCCCUGUCCUGCCUGUAGAUUCAGCUGAAACCUCCUGUAGUCCUGUUUGCAACACUGAAAAGCAACGACUUUAUCUCCCCCACGCAACCCAGGCUUAGGAGAGAAGAAGACGAAAAAGAAGAUGAAGAAGCGAGAAGGAGUUGUCUCAAAACAACAAAUCAAACAAGAAACCAUACACAAUCCCCGGCGGCACAAGUGCUGUGUAACACCACUCAGCAUUUUUUUUUUUUUUUCCUCUCACUUAUCUCUCCCACUACUCUCAUUCCCUUCUCUUCAUCUUUACUUUCCUCAGUAAAUCCAUCUUCCCCCACGUCUCAUUUCCCUGUGUUCUUCUAACUCUAUUUAACUCUCUUUGACUUCCUUCUUUGUCGUUUUUUUUCCCUCCCCUCGAAACUUUUUCCGUCAUCGAUUAUUCCAUUUCUUCUUUACACUUUUCAUUGUAUUCCAUUUUUGGCAGCGGACCAUUAUACUGGCAGACAAACACUGGGUGUUAGCAGCGUUCAUGGCAACAUGCCACAUCCGUAGGAGAUACUUGAAACAACAUGUAUAUUGAUAUUGUAACAAAACAAAAGCUAUAAAUCGAUCUCAUAUUGGACCUCACCUCUCUCUCUCAGUCCGUCUGAAAUCUCUUGCUCCAUCCCCAGCUUUCUUUUCCUCCUCCCCUCGUUUCAUCUCAUAACUACCUCUAUUCCCCUUAUUUCUUUUCCCCCCUCCCUCCUUUUACUCCUCCCCAUUCACAGACAUCGUCCCAGCUAUCUAUCUGCCUCUCCCUCCCCGUCUCCCCUUCUAUCUUAUCGACCUCUCUCUGUCUCUCAGUGGGCCAGGAAAACACUGCGAAGGCUGAGCUACUGUCCUGGUCGGGGAAGAGCAUUGACUUUUUGAUGUGUUCCUUUUCUUUUCUCGUCACAGACUGUGUUUGAUCUUGUUUCCCUCUUUAAGCGGAGAGAACAAAGCCUGUUUCUUAGUCUGCAGUGGUUGUGGUCUUUUAGGACAAGGUGGUAGCCAUAAGCCUUCAAAGUCAGAAACUCUCUGGAGUCCUUUCUUCGUUUUUGCUUCUGUUUUUAUUGCAUUAGUUGUCAUGGAGUGGAAAACAGUAUAUCUUUAUAGUAACGGUGUAAACCUUAAAAAAAAAAAAACAAGUACUAUUAUAUAAAUAUUUUAUUUUUUACCAUUGUAUAAAUAUACAGUAUUGAUUAACUUAUGUACUUUGAUUGCAAUUUCUUUGGUCACCCACACAGUGAGUCAAUAAAAAAGAGGAAAACUUUUCUGUGAAUUUUAGGCACUGUUUCUAAUGCUAUUGAUGUGUUGACUAUUUUAUUGUAACAUCUUUUCUUUUUGGUUUUUUUAUUUGUGUUAUUUUUUUAAAAAAGUCUGUGAUUAAUUGCAGAAUCAGGAGUCUUGCUUUGAUGACUGCCAUGUGUUUAGGUUCGAUUUUGUCUCCAGUCGAUUCUGUCCUCUCCUGUUCUCUCUGCAUCUGUCAUUACAAGCCACAAGAAGAUGUGUGAAAAAGAAAAAGGGAAAAAAAAGGGUUUUGGCGCAUAGUUUUACUUUUUUUUCUUUUCUUGCGCACGUCAAAAGAACGUAGCCUGUGUGGGUUUGUGUGGAAGAUCAGCUUCACGAAAAAAGAUGACAUUUUGAAUGAGUUAUGUCUGUCUUUUGCACUAAUUUAAUAAAGCCGUUACUGAAAAUUCCCA